GCUCUCGUUCAUAUCUGUCAUGGCUAUUCUUGACGCCACAGUCCUAGGGUUUUGAUUUUCUGUAGAUUGAUACCAAAGUUGCUCAGUUCCAACUAAGAUUAAUUGGUGAAGAGGGCAUUUCCUCGAACUCCAACUGUGCAAAAGUGGCUACUACCACCCAAGACAAUUAAUUAAGAUGGUGCCUGGCUAUGUGGCUCACCCAGGUCAACUCGAAGCCGCCCCACCACCACUGGAGGUAGACGGCCCAAUUCCAGACAACAACAACCACAUCACUAGACCGCGCACCUCCGUCUUCCGCAAACUCUUGUUCAUAUGCUACAUCGUUUGGGUGGUGUAUUUGUUAGUCAUGCAACCCAAAACCCCCAAGUUCAAGGUCGAAUCGGCCACUGUUCAGCUCAAUACAGAAGGCUCUAAGUUAACCGCCCAGUGGGAUAUCACUCUCCUCGCCACCAACCCCAACCACAACUUCAAAUUCUAUUACAAACGCGUCCAGGCCGAUGUCCGCUACGCGCUCGGUUCUUACUUCCUUUUCACGCUCGUGGAAAAGCCGCGUCCUUCCUUUGUUUUGAACAAAAGUAACCAGACUCGUGUGGAGUUGAAAUUGAGUGUGUGGAAGGAAUGGCUUGGCCAAAAAGUGGUAGAGGAAAUCUCCUCUCGUGAAGUGGUGAGUUUCGGAGUCGAACUCAGCUCUCAGGUGUGGUUUAUGUCUAGACUAAUGCCUCCGGGACGUGUUUGGCUGGUCGUCUCCUGUGACGAGGUCGAUUUCAGGUUUUCCUGGAAUAAUCGGACCGGAAAAUUGACGAGUCAGUCAGGAAAGUGUGUUGUUAAGUACGGAAUGAUAUAUAUCUCUGAAUGCUUAGUUACUUCUUCUUUCCUCUUCUUCGUUAUUUGGGCUUGUUGCGUUUGUGAUUCAAAGCCACGCAGAUCAGCACGCGUCGCGCCUAGCUAAGUUAUGGGCGAUAGCACAUUAGCACUCAGGUGCAGCACUGCAGAACUUGAAAUGUAGAGGCUACUGUAACCUCUUCCAUAGUCAGGAGGGGACCUCCUCAUGAGCUCUGUAACUUUUUCAAGUCAAUAUGAAACUCCUCUCUG